AUGCCGCCUUCCCGGCUCGCCCGCCUUCCCCCAUGGAUGAGCCACUGGCUGGGCUAUCGCCCAGAGACCCCAGCGCUAUUAAACAAGUACAUUGUGGCUGGGUGGUCCUUCCUAGCCGCGUUCUGCGGUCUGUCCGUCGUGCAGGGCAUCUUCAACUACUCAGACUAUUUCAAAGGGCGCCAUGUGCCAGGGAUCGUCGCAUCCUACGGCGCAUCAGCAGUCCUAGUCUUUGGUGCCAUCGAGGUGCCCCUGGCGCAGCCGCGCGCCCUAGUCUUUGGUCACUUCUUCAGCGCUCUGAUCGGUAUCUGCGUCAUCAAACUGUUCAGCCUCAUGCCUGAUGCUCAGCGCUUCGAGUCACUGCGCUGGCUAGCCGCCUCCCUUUCGACUGCCCUUGCUAUCGUCGUCAUGCAACUAACCGGCACCACGCACCCCCUGCCGGAGCAACAGCUCUACUUCCGGCCACUGACGAAGCGAUCUAUCAACUGUCUUGGUACUUUUUACCAGUGA